AUGCGCGUCGAGAUCGAACCCGCGAGCGAGUCGAGGGAUGAGAGACCGCGCGAGGGGCUGAACGCGGCGACGGCGCGCGCGUGGGCGCUCGCGGGCGUCCCGAGCGAGCGCGUGGAGAGAGUUUUGGACCAAGCGCUUCCGGUCAUGGGCGGCAUGGCGUCGCAGAACGUGUUAAAUCUGGCGGACGCGGCGAUGGUGGGACGACUCGGGACCGCGGCGGUGGCGGCGGUGGGGUUGGGGAGCACGAUGAAUUUUCAAUGUCAGGCGGCGCUGCAGGGCGUCGCGAGCGGCGUCCAGGCGAUGGCGGCGAGACGGAUGGGCGAGGGGCGGUACCCGGAGGUGGCGAGGCCGUUGAACGCGGCGUUGAUUUUGGUGGUCUUGAUGGGGGUGCCGCUCGCGAUUUUGGCGUACGCGUACGCGGACGCGCUGGUGCCGCUGUAUACGUCGGACGCGCAAGUCAUCGCGAGCGCGGUGCCGUAUCUCCGGGCGAGAGUGCUCGCGGUGCCGGCGGUGGGGAUGAACUUUGCGUUCAGAGGCUUUUGGAACGCGAUUCAGCAACCGCAAGUGUACAUGAACACGCUCAUCGUAAUGCACACGGUGAACUUUACGCUGAGUUUGAUUUUGACUUUUUUCGGCGUCCCACAGUUAGGGAUUCCUCCCUUGGGCGCCCUGGGCGCCGGGUUGGGGACGAGCUUUAGUAUUUGGGUCGGGACAGCCAUGUACGUGUACCAAGGGAUUAAACGAGCGACCGGAUUGGGGUUCCUGCAGACUCGACCGACGCUCGGGGAUUUGAAGAUUCUCGCCACGCAGGCGCUGCCGACGUCGGUGACGAAUCUACUCUACGCAUCCGGGAUGAUGGCGCUUUACUCCAUCGUCGGUCGCAUCGGUACAACCGAAGUCGCGGCGGUGAAUGUUUUGAUCAACUUGAUGUUAUUUUUAGUUUUACCCUGCAUGGGGAUGGGGCUCGCCGCGGGGGCGCUGAGCGGUAGAGCGCUCGGACGCGGCGACGUCGAAGACGCCAAGCAAUGGCCCUGGGACGUGGCGAAGAUAACCGCCAUACUGAUGUCAUUCGUGGGUAUUUCAUUAGCGCUUAUUCCCAGGGUCGUGCUCGGGGCCUUCUUGACCGAUCCGCACGCGGUGGAGAUUGCGGUGACGCCGCUUCGCCUGACGGGUCUCACAGUCUGUGGCGACGCGGUGAGCCUGACGAUGCAAAAUGCCCUCUUAGGCGUCGGGGACGCCAAGCGCGUAGCGCUCGUGAGCAUCGUGAGCCAGUGGGCGAUAUUUUUACCGUCAGCAUACGUUGCGGUGACGUUCUUCAAUCAAAACCUCACGUGCGUGUGGACGCUUUACGUAGCGUACCGGUGCGUCCAGGGCGUCGUGUACGCAAACAUUUGGAAGCGCGGUGAGUGGACGAAGAUUCUUCUGGCGUGA